AUGGUGUCUGUACUCGUCGCGGCCGGUUUGCACGCGUCUCAUGGGCAGGCGACAGUUAUGCUCACGUAUACGCUGCCCCAUCCCACUUCCUGUUCUCCACGCCAAUCACAUAUGACCGUGAACAAGGACGCUCGUCCACCCUCUUGUUCGAAAUCCAGGAAGCUCGUCAGUUCAAAAUACUGUUCUGUUUCUAAACGAUGCAGUGUUCCAUCUAGCGGAAGCAGCACGGUAGGUACGCCAAGAACCACAAGGAACAGUCGCGGCCAUUCGCCGGAGAACGCGAAAUGUGAAUCUCACUAUGAGCCAUAUGUGGCUAGAGCGGAUAGCCCAGGUAGUGAAGAUUGCACGAAAACCAGUGGAAAACUCAGCAACGACCAGCCUCUUCCUGUCACGAAUGCUGUAUGCGCACGCCCACCCAGCGGAAAUCGGACCAAUGGUUCAGCUCGUAGACAAGCAUCCCGACGUGCAACCACUCAAGACAAAGCAGGUGCUGCGACGUUUGGUCAUUCUCAGCUCACCACUGCCGAUCAAAGUCUGUUGCGUUUGCUGUCUCAACCCGGAGAAGUGGACCAAGAAAAGAUUCGACAAACAAUCAAGGAAGGUGCCAAUCCGAAUUGCUUAGAUUCGGACGCAAACACCCCACUGGUUGUCGCUGUUCACCACCGGAAGGUUGAAGCGAUUCCGCCACUGGUCGAGGCUGGGGCCGAAGUCAACGCCGCUGGAACACUAAACGGUAACACCGCCUUGCACGAAGCUGUUUCUUGCGGCUCCGAUGGUGGCGCUGAGUUGGUGGAAGUUUUGCUUCGCUGUGGGGCCAACCCUAAUAUAUGCAACAAGCGACUGGAAUCACCGCGUGUGUUAGCAAUGCGAUCCAAGUGUGAACCGAUCAUCCACCUACUCGAAUCACCUAUGGGAGAAGCCAAACCAUCGAUCGCGGAGCACACUACCGCCACUGACAGCUCUUAAUCAUUCAUCGUGAAGUCCACCUUGAUGGAUUUACUCCAAACCUAACCGGUACUCUUCUUCAGCAUCUUUCCGUGAUCAAUCUAUUUCCUUAUUUAGCAUUCUUCCCACUAUCUAUGCAUCAUCUGUGAAUUUUGCUGUGCCUAUGGCAAUUUUUUAAAUACUCGUUUAUCGAAUGGCACCUUGUAUUCAUUUUGUGCCUUCUCAUCGACUUUCUGCCAUUUGACGCGUUUGAGUACCCGACUCAGCUAUAUGGUGUACAAUAUGCGCAGAUCACCGGACACACAAACGACAACCCAUUUGGUAGAUGUACUACGGUAGCACGUGGGAAAACGCACCGAUGCAAAGGCAUUUAAACAACAUACCCACUCAGCGAACCUUGCUGAUGUUGUCCACUUACAAGGCAAAAUUGGCC